AUGGCCGCCGACGGCGUCCUACGCCCCGUCUACGAGGCUUGCAUCGCCGGCUGUGACUCCGAGAUCCACCGUCGUCCCUACCACCGCAACUGCGGCUGCGCUCUCCACGAAUCCCGCCGUCAACUUUCUCACUGCUACCAUUCCAAGUACAAAUCCGUCUGCUAUCCCAUUCGCCGAUCCUGGAGCGAAGGUUGCUUGACGCUCGCCCUCGCCUCUCCUUCCUCUUCCCCUGUCGUCGGUAAGUCCUCACAGCCUGGUGCCGCUUUGAGCGACGACGACGACGACGCUCCUGUUCAGUUUACCAGGAGUUGA